UCUUCUUCCUCCAAAGUGUCGGGCGAAUUAACAGACCAGUCGAGUCAAUUCUGCUGUGGUAGUUGACUGCUUGAUAAUUGGUGUUCUGUAACCGAAACAAACAACAACACCAACAACUUUGUACAUUAACAAUCGUUACUCCUCCGUGACGUUUACAAUGUUGGGCAGAGUGUCCUUUUUGCGCAGGCAUGCACAGAUUAGUAGGCUAUCUCUAAACUAUGCAUCGUGCAAGCUGAAGCACACCCUUCCAGACUUGCCUUAUGAUUAUGGAGCUUUGGAACCCCACAUUAGUGCUGAAAUAAUGCAGCUGCAUCACAGCAAGCAUCAUGCAACAUACGUGAACAAUCUGAAUGUUGCAGAAGAGAAGUACAAGGAGGCACAGGCCAAGGGUGACAUGGCGACACAGAUUUCUCUUCAGCCUGCUGUUCGAUUUAAUGGUGGUGGCCACAUCAAUCACACGAUUUUUUGGACAAACCUUUCUCCUAAUGGUGGUGGAGAACCACAAGGAGAGCUUAUGGAGGCAAUUAAGCGAGAUUUUGGAUCUUUUGAGAAAAUGAAAGAGAAACUGGCGGCGGUGUCAGUUGGAGUUCAGGGAUCAGGAUGGGGCUGGCUGGGUUAUAACAAAGAGAAUGGUCGGUUACAGGCUGUCGCCUGCCCUAAUCAGGAUCCUCUACAAGGAACAACAGGCCUCAUCCCUCUUCUUGGAAUUGAUGUUUGGGAACAUGCCUAUUAUCUGCAGUAUAAAAAUGUCAGGCCUGAUUAUGUAAAGGCAAUCUGGAAUGUAGUAAACUGGGAUAAUAUAGCAGAGAGGUUUAAAUCUGCCAAAAAGUAAAUAGAAAACUGGUCAAGCAUUUGAAUAUUAAAGAGAGCCUUUAUAUUUAACAGCAAUGUGUCAACUUUGUGAUGAUGGAAGUGAGAAAAGCAGUGAACAGCUGGUCACUUUAAAUUGUUUUAAUUUUCAGUUUCAGGUCAAAGACCGGUCUACUAGCUUAAAUGUACAACAAAAGCACUGAUUUGAAGGUGUGUUUGGACUGCUCCACAUGUUACGUUGUUAGAAUGAAGUGUUCAGACAUGUUCAGAAUUACUAUUGUAAUUUGAUAACUUAGAGUAUAAUUAUUUAUUUGGCCAAAAAGGGGUGUGUAAGUGAUAUGAAAAUGGGUUAGUGUAUAUGAAGGUUUUUCUAAUGAAGGUGCAUGUGUAUAAAAUAUGUAUUUGCUUAAUAACUGGUUUUGGUUGUCCACUGUUAACAAUCCUCAACAGAUUUAAAGUGCCUAUUGGUGUAUCAGGCUGUAUACAACGUUUGGAAUGUCCCAGUUUUUGUUACAUUAGCCCUCAGUUACAUCCUCUGAUUGCGUUAUCACUUUUUUUUUCUGAAAAAUUAAUUAUUAUUAAAUUAAUAAAAUCAAUUAAGUGCAAAAAAAAAAAAAAAAAGUGAUCAUGCACCUGAAGAAUUUAAGUUUUUUUAACAAGCAGUUUACCAUUACAACCGCAUUUUGUCAUUGAGAUUCAUACCCUCUACACAUCUCCUGAUCCUAUGCUCCUGGAAAACACCACAUCUAUGGCGCCCAAGUGAAGAUGGGUGUUUGUGAACCAAAAGUUUGAUUCCUUAAAAUGGAGGAGAGGAAAGUGGGGUAAUGGGAGAAGAAAUGUUGGUAUCAGUCCCUGGUUACCGAUUCUCACCUCUCUUUUGUAAUUUGCUUGGGCUGUCCCACCAAGCUGUUUUAUAUAUGAGAGUAUUUCACCUUGUUUCAUUCGGGUGCUUUUUUGCACUUAUCAGUUAAGUUAAAUUACCCUGAUGUACGUUAAUUUGAGUGGAAUAUGUUAACAGAGAUAAAGUGGGCACAGAAAUUGCUUUUCUUGUAAACAUCUUUGCUUAAAAGGUAAGUACUAGUGAGGCUUACACUGCGCUCAUUUUAAACUGAGUGAGGGGAGAGGAGACCAUAAUUGUACGCUUAUAUGUUUGUAAUGAAUCAUUUGGAUGCUUUAACUAAAUGAAAAUGUACAACAGA